AUGGAAGAAACACAAAAAGGAACGCGCAUAGGGCCGCUGCCUGGGGGUCGCCGGGGCGCGUCUGGAGCUGGCGCUGGACGCGGCAGCAUGCGGGCCGCCAGCCGAGCGCGAGGAGCUGCACGCUCGCCUAGCAGCCCCUCGCAUCCAUCAUCCCCACCAGAAGGCUUGGUGUCGGCUGGGUCUUCUCGGACCCAGCAAGCGGCACCCGCCGCUGGUGGAGCACGUCGCAUGCGUUGGACAAAAUCCAUGAACGAAAACGCAUUGCGGGCGUACUAUAGGGCGAAAGGGGAAGAAACGGAUGUGGGAAUAGCGUAUAGGUCUCGGAUGCAUUGCUUUUUUGCUGAGCUGGAGCCGUCUAUCCCCGUCACGGAACAAAACCUGGCAGACCGAGUUCGGUACAUCAUGCGCUCGAAAAUAUUUGAUGACGCCGAACUCGAACGACUACGACGUAAGGCUAUUCCGUCGUCGAAUGAAAUCGGCUACGGCUGGAGAUGCAGCUCCACAUUUGACAGACCAGCAUCCACACGUGGAAGCCGCCAUGGAUCUUCCAGUUGUGGUUGA